UGCUGCUUGAUGAACAAACCACACACUCUAAACUGUCAAGAAACAGAGGCAUGAAAAUUGAAGUUUAAUUUGUGCUGCACUGAAAUGCCUGUUGCUGGUGCAUCCUGAAGAGGCUUAGAGAGGAACAGAAGGUUCUGCACAGGGAGGAGUGACCCAUUUACAGCUGGGUGCUAAAGGAAUCGGAGUCUUCAAUAAACUGACACAUUUACAAUGGGAAAUGACAUCUGGCGAGUGUGCCUCCAACUCUGCUUUAUUGCCAUUGUGUUCUCCAGAAGAGGGGAAGGAAGAGCAGAAUUUCCUGGCAACCUGAGCUGCCUGAAUAACUACCUCUACCGAGUAGACUGUACGUGGGAGACAGAUGGGAGAAUGGGGGAUGGACCAUUUCACGUGCAUUUCACAAACUCGGAUGAGAAUUACACCUGCACGCUGACUGCCAGAGACAAGCUGCACAGCCAGCAUCACUGCACAAUUAACAUGAUGGAGAGGUUCACGCAGCACGACAGUUACAACGUCUUGCUACAAGGUGGUUUCUUUGGGAGGAAUCGCACAUACAUUGCUUUCCAAGAAUAUGAACCCAGUCUGAACAUUAAGUGUGAUCCCCCCUUCAACCUGCAGAGCAACAUCAGUGCCAGUAAGUGCCAGCUCUGGUGGAGUGUGCCAGGGCCUCUAGAGCCCAUUCUUCAGUACGAAUUGGAGUAUAAGGGACACAACACAUCCUGGGAGCAGGCACAGCACAAACAGCUGUUCAAUGCAGUGACAAAGGUAGAAAUCGAGGCCAUGGAGUUUGAAGCAGGCAUCACUUAUACUGCGAGAGUUCGCUGCAAAACUUCCCAAGUAGAUGAUGGUUAUAGAAGUCAGUGGAGUGAGUGGAGCCAGACAACUGAAUUUCAAAGAUCAGCCCCCCCAGGUGUUUUACAGAUGCCCAAAAAGUUCUUUCACGGAAGCAUGAUACAGAUUUUGUUUAUUCCUCUAUGUCUUGGUGUCAUACUCUACAUAAUUUUGAACUUCAAGCUUUCUUCAAGGGCAAAGAACAUCUUCUGCCUGAACGUUCCCACACCAGCUGCUUUCUUCCAGCCUCUCUACACCUUGCACAAUGGGAAUUUUAAGGACUGGAUUGGACCUAAUGAGACAUGUGGGCAACUCAGAAGAGAUGAGGCUAACAACCCAAGCAAAGUGACUGGCGAUUGAGUUCCUGGUCUAAGUGCUCAUGAUGUCAUUUCCCAGCUGUCCUUCAAGUCACUGGCAAAGACUGAAAUGAUUCCCCAGGAGGACUUUUCUGGCCCUGCCUCCAGGCCUGACCAGCAAUACCUCCAGAACAGGUAUGUCAGUGUGGAAGAGAUGGAAGCCAGGCUGCCAUCAUUGUUCCUACAAAACCACGCUGAUGAUGCAGGUGCCCUGGACUUCUCUGAAACAAACAAAACCAAUCUUGGCAGCCCAGACGUGAGUGGGAACCAUCCCCCAUAUUUACGGGAUGGUCAGGGUGACUUCUUUAUGCCACAGGAGUCUCUGGAGCUGGAAAGUUUGUCCUUCUGUAGUAAUGACUAUUGCACCUUGUGUGGCAGUGACUCCAUAGGUGGCCCAAUUCCUGCUGAACUGCUACAGCUCACCGAGAAGGAUGGUCAGGUCAAGCAUUAGAAUGACGAGAAUGACAGACUCUCACUGAAAGCUGCUGCAUGUCCAAGUCGCCAGGUCUGCCACAUCCACCAGCUGGCCCAUGUGACCCCCUUGUGCAGUUAGAGGCUCUGUUAACUUUGGGCCAGAUCUGGUAAUCCUUUCUUAAAAUCAAGUUAUGUCCAUGCCUACACAGUUGGCCCAAAGAGGGCAGACACAAGCAGCCCCCUUCCCUUGCUGCCUCCCUCACUGCAGGAGCUGAGCACAAUCAUGGUUUCUGUGACCAGGUGAGCCAGGUCUGUGCCAAGCUAGCAACACGCUAGGCUCCCCAAGAGAGGCUAGACCAUGCCUUUCCCCCACAGCAGUAGCAGAACUCGUCCUGCACCCUCUGGAGGGAUGUAGCAGAAGGCACACCCUCCCUUUGUGCCUCCCUGAGGUCCAGUGGUUCCCAGAUUUCCCUUGGGGCACAGCAGCACUGCACUGCCCCCAAAGCACCUCUCUAACUGCAGCUCUUACUAAUCAACACCCCCGUGACUUCAUAUUCUGUACCCAAGACAGAGCUCCUGCUUUGCUGCAAUCAGGGUGAAGUCAGACACUAACAGCAAAUGCAGCACCGGGCUUACACACAUUUCAAAUAUAGUGUCACUCUUAGAACACAUAGGAUGCUUGAUGAAAAACAAUGUUCUUCCAGUGAUGGACACUAGUGAGAUGCUGCAUUUUCUGUUUAUUUUAAACUGCACCUGAGUUCACAGGCAUGCCUAGGUCCAAUACUUUAAUGUCUUUACAUACUGUGUAUUGCUGUUUACGAGCCUGGUAACUUUCUAGCUUAUAUUAAACCCAGUGUGUCACUUAUGACUUGAAAAGAUUUAUUUCAAAACACACUGUGAGCUGCUGGGCUGAUUCACCAUCCGGGGAGGGUGGAAUCACACCCCAGAAAUGGGGCUCAGGCUUUUUUUUUAGGUAAUCCCAUUAUCCAGGCAUUGCUGCUAAACAAGGAUUCUGCUUUGGGAGACCUUCGUUUUGCAGGGAAAAGCAGCCCUGGAGUCCAGACUCCAUAGCCCAUUUACUCCUUGGUGCCUUUUCUAAGACAGCCACCGAUGGUGCCAACUGUGGCCUGUGUUUUAAUGCUCUAAUCAGGAGGCCUUUC